UGGAGACAUUUUAAAAUAAACGCACGGCUAGCGGCUAAUGGCUAACAGGGCUCGCGAAGGUGCGAGCAGACUGCGCCAAAACACGUCCAAAUUCUUCCAAGUUGCAAAGAAGUAAAGCGCAUUCAGCAGUGCGCCGUCCGUGCAUCGCAAACCAGAGAGACUGCACGUCGCCGAAGAUGUCGAAAAGUCUGACACUGGGAGAAGAAGAAUAGAACUAACGCCGCGCAGGUGAGUCCCUGUCCAGGCACAUUGGUCCAUGUUGGUUGGACCUUUGGGCUCUGGGCUCAACUAGCAUGAAGAUGGCUGAUUCAGAGAAGGCAGAAGAAUUUGUGGAUGUUGAGUGCCCCCCAGAGUGCCUUGAUGAAGCACAAUCAGCCACGGCGUUUGCCCAAGCAGAUCAGGACGAGCACCUGAAGACGGAGACCUCCACUAGUACAAGCUCACCCCCAAGGGAAAAGCAAGAGGACAGUCCCUUUCACACAGAGGGCGAGCAAAGCCUGUCCAUGCCAUGCCUGAUGAAGGAGCUCCGCCGAGACUCCCCAGAGUCCCAGCACGCUUCCCCGGGGAGCGACAAGCCUGCGUCUCAUAAUGUCUAUGAGAGCGAUUCGUCAAACCCCUGCAUGCUUUCCCCUUCAUCCAGCGGCCACCUGGCUGACUCGGACACGCUCUCCUCAGGGGAAGAAGGUGCCGCUCCCCCCGCGGAAGGAGAGGAGGAGGGCGCCGCGGAAGGCGGAAAUGAUCCCGGGCAGGCGACAGGAAAGCAAGCGUCUGCCGCGGCUUCAGGGGGGAGAAAGUCCCGACGGUCACGUUCGGAGAGCGAGAUGCCUCCGAACGCGAUGGCCGCAAAGAAGAACCGCUGCCAGCCCACCGGGGUAGCAGCGGGGGGCCAGGAGAAACAAACCAACGGCAAGAUGGCAAAAGUGAAAGGUCAUCGGAGCCAGAAACACAAGGAACGCAUACGCCUGCUGAGGCAGAAGCGAGAGGCGGCAGCACGGAAGAAGUAUAACCUGCUGCAGGACAGCAGUACGAGCGACAGCGAGCUCACGUGUGACUCCAGCACCAGCUCCUCCGAGGACGACGACGAUGACACUUCAGGAGGUAGCAAGACAAUCAAGACAGAUAUUCCAGCUGGCUUCAGACGUGCAUCGGAGAGAUCCAGAGUGGGAGCCCAGAUUCAUGGGCUGCUGGACACCGGCUCGUGGGACAGGAAUGGCAUCGGCAGUGUUCUGGAGGAGGCCAUGACUCGCUUUGCUGUGAUGCAGCGUCAGACAGAGGAGCGCUUCCGCGUCUGGAUGGAAAAGCUUGCACACCUCGACUCGGACAACGAUUCAUCCAAACGCUCAAGUGACGCCCAGGAGGGGCAGCAGCACCCCUCCCAGGGGGGCCGGCCUUCCCCCCCCAGUUCCUUUUUGCCCUCGUCAGAGUCUGCAGAGACCAUGGCUGCCUACAUGUUAGCGCGGGAGAACAACAGCCUCGCCCCCACCCCUAUAAACAACAACAACAACAUCCUCCCUGAAGUUGUCACUCAAAAUGGAAAUCUAGCUGUUCCAGACCCCGGUCUCUUGAAUGUUUAGAUUUCACUUCUGAUCUCACCAGGCGUAGAGCUAGUUGAUGCAGAAAGCAUAGGCGGUGGGGACUUGUAGGUCAACGAUAUGAGGAACAGAUACACCAUUAGCAGCAGCCUGUCCUGAGCUGGUCAUUUGAACUCUGUACAGACCCGAGGCUCAGUGCGUCUGCUGACACUGAAUCACUGUGAGAUUUUAAUUCCACUCACCUGUUUGAUUUCUGCAGCAUCUGCGACACGGACACAGAGCAUAACUUAAUAGACUUUUGAGUCAGGGCUCUUAUUGUAUUGCUUAUUGUAUGGCCUGUUUGUAUUAUUUUUUUUUGUUGUUUUUUUGUUGUUUACCAGCUGUGCACAUACACCUGCAAAGUAGCUGAUUAUUUCAUUCAUACAGAGUGUGCAUUACAGCACCUGGGCCGCCAUCAGUACAGAGCUGGGUGGGGUGCUGCUGCUUAAUAGCAUGUGCCUUGUCAUUCUGAACUCAUGCUGGGAACGACAGAUGAAGCAUUAUAGCGCUACUUCUUUUAGGAAUCAGGUUGAACACUACACGUUACCCCGUCUUUCCUCUGAGCUGCCUGUAAAUAGUUCAGGGAGAUCUCGUUUAUUUUGGUGGCAUAGCUUUACUAACGGCAGAACAUUUUAAACACAGAUUUGUCUAUAAAUAUAAAGGCAAUAUACUAAUCCACAGGUUUUCUUGCUUUUUAAAAAUUUACAAAUUUAGAUUAGACGUGUUUUUCUUUUAUAAAUAUCGGCCUUUCUGUUACAUUUGCUGCUAUUGCUGCCUUUGUGCGGCAACAAGAAACUAGUGAGGGAGCAAGGACAAAGCUCCCAGUGCUUAUUUUUAGUAGCCUGUGUAUAAUAAUAUUAUUAUUAUUAUGGAUAUAAGAUCCAGCAUGGCUUCCUUUGUUAAUUGAACCUUUGUUAACCUCCUGAUUGGUCUGCUGACUACCAACCAGAGGGCUUCUACCUUUUGUUAAGCGCCGACUUCCUGUGCUACUGUUGCUAGGUUAAACAAACAAAAAGCAAUGCAGGGGUUCGUUCCCAUUGAAAAGCUGUAAUAAAGGAGUCUAGCGAUAACAGCCUGCUACCGUUGGCAACCAUGCUUUCAUUGGGGGAGAAAAAACGAAAGUGUUUUCACCAGUUUUCAGGUUUUAUGCAUCUUCAUGUCCUCCACUGCACCUACACUUGCAGACUGCACGAUGAUGAUGAGUUGUAACUCUACAGGUUGCUAUUGUCUAACCUAGCAGCGGUAGCGCGAGGCGUAUGUUACUGGACUCAACGAAGCGCAGGAGCCGCCUGGCUGGUGGUCAGGAGGCCGACAAAAGUGUCAGUUGCGAUGACAAGCGCCUCAAAUCUUCACUCACUUAAUAUUCGUGUUUUUUUUUUUGUUGUUGUUGUUUUUUUUGUUGUUGCACUGCUCUGCCAGCUUGUCGGCCCGUGUCUCCACGAGGCACCGCGCGUUCGCAGCUUGACUUUAAAAGAAGAAAAAAAACAAAAACAGCCAUCAAACUAAGAUACACAGCAGUGAUAGAGCUGCAGUACGGUGCAUGGCGAUGUUUACUGAUUUUCUUAAAAAGAUGGACUGAUCUGGGUGAUCAAGUGGCCUUCUCUGGUUCAGAUCCUGUGGUCUUUGUAGAGAGGAAGUGGGUGGUGGGAGGAGGACUCCUCCUCCUCCUCCUCCUCCUCCUCCUCCUCCUAAACUCUCUCCUCACUGAUAUGGAUGACCGCUAGCAUCACAUUUGCUAACACUAUCACAGAUAUCAUUGAAGGAAUCUCUGGCCUAAUCAUAUUUCUAGUUAGGAUGUUAAAAAGGUGUUUUCUGUAUGUGUAUAUGUAGCCCUAUGACUGUCAGUUUUACAGGAUUUAAAGCUGGAUGUCCCCCCCCCCCCCCACCCCCACCCCACCCCGACCCACCCCCACCUGUUUGCAUGUGAUUAUAUUAGUAUAUAGAAUGUGCAAGGCCAAAUUAGUUCUCAUCAGCAGCAUGUGUGCAAGGUAAACCUUCGCUGAUGCUGAUAAACGGUGACUGGCAGGACAUUUGAUCUGUUUUAUUUUACUUCCGGCCUAGAGGUUUUGUUUUAAACUGUGUGAAUAUUGUUGUUUUUUUUUGUUUGUUUGUUUCAUGGUGCAUUUUUUUGCCAUUUUUGUUUUAAACGAAUCAGCCAUCCCGUGACGGAAAUUACCUUUAAAUCCACUGUAAAGAGAGCCUGGUGCAUACAAUCAAAACAGUGCAUUAAACGCAACACUAAGGACAGUCCAUUGUUUACCAAAGAGGCUAUCCUGGUUUACAUUAGUCCUUUUUCUAUCUUUAAUACAUGGCCUUUAACACUGGCAAGUGCUGGGUUUCUCUGGUAACUGCUUAUUUCAGCCCAAUCAGCUAUUCAUAGGCAGUGUUCUCUCAUAGUACACGGCGUCCAGACAAACCCCCUCACACACACCCACAGAUAUGUCUGGAUAGCAGUGUGUGUUUGUGUUUGUUUGUGUGUGUGCGCGUGCGUGUGUGUGUGUAUGUGUGUCUCUCUUUCUCCCAGGGACUCCUUUUACAGGGUAGAACAAAGAUACGCGUUCCCGCUCUUCCACAGUUAACUCUUCUGUUGUUUGGCUUUUUAUUACCCCCCUCCUCUCUACUCCCCCCUCCACCUCCACCACCACCACCACCACCACCGCCACACACACACUGCGUUUCAUUCACUGAGUAAUAUUAUUUUCAAGUGCUUUUUUUGUAAUGACCGUAUUUUAGUGUAGUUUUUAUGUGAAUGGCUGUUAUUUUAAAAGCAAUAAAUGGAAAG